GGGGAACUUUUUCACCGUUCACAGAAAAUGGGUCAGGCUCGUGUACGAGGCCACGAAAUGUUUACAGUGUUUGAUUGGGAAAUUUGGUUGCAAAUACAUGUACUCCAUACAGUGUUAAGUGAUUAUGGAACUUGGCCUAGCAUUUGAUGAUGAAGAUUUAGAGAACUCCAAUAAAUCAAAGACAUACCAACCAGUUUCCUACAAUGCUAAAUAUUGUCCACCCAAGUGGUUUGAUGAUGCAGAUACCAGUGACAAAGACACUGCUGCUCAGAUUUUCAAAUACAGGGGCGAUCACUCAUACGUGAAAAAAGAAUAUGCUAUAGCAAUUGAACAAUAUGAGGAAUCUCUUGGUAAACUACCUGCAAACAACAAGGGUAUGAAGAGAGAGGUGAUGGAGUGUCAGACCAGGAGUUAUGUGGCCCUGCAACAGUAUAACAAGGCCCUGGAACUGGCUUACCAACUUAAAGACAAUGCUUCCAGUCCUGACCAGCAUUUCCAGUCAUUGUUCCUUCUGGCAUAUGUACAAGAGGCUUCCCAGGACUGGACAGAUUUUGAAGAAUCUGUCAAACAGCUGCUAUGUUGUCACCCUCACAGUGGCAAUCUAUGGAGAAGGUUGGCCCAGUGCUACUGGUGUAGGUACAGGCAGUACAACCAGGGUUCACCAGAGUACUGUAGACUGCUCACCUGUCUGAUACGGUCAAGAUUGUUGUACUCCAGCGUACGCAGGUCUGUAGGAAUGUUUGUGGCUGAGAGACAUGAAGAGUAUCACAAACAGAUAGAACACCAGAUCUUGGAACUGAAUGUCAGUGAUGAGCUUCUACAAAAGGCCAAGAAGUUCCUGAGCCAUGAUAUGUCCAAAGUGGAACAAGCAGAAGGAGGAGAUAACUCUGUACAGAAACAAAUGGACGUUAAAGAUUUUGACAAGCGUUGGUUUUCCUGGGCUGAUGAUGUUUUGCCAACUUGAGGAUAAAGAUAGGCACACAUCCCAGCAGUGAUCGACACUCUAGGCCAGGAGCUGUUUGUAGAUGGACUACUCAUUUAGCUUGCAUCUCAAUAUUCCAACAUCAACUACAGUUCUACCUGGACAAAUUUAAUCAGGACCUCUUGCAGAAUCCUGUGACUCAUGAAGAGUUUCACACAUCCAAUACAGUCAGAACCAGUUUAUAAGUGACAGAAUUUUAUAUUGUGACAAUGUUCUGACAGAAACGAGAAGAAUGUGUCAGUGAAGUGGAGAAAAUGAAGAACAGUGUGACAGAAAUAACCAUAAAGUACCUUCCAAUAUAGAAAUGAUGGUUAUGGAAGUAGGCAAUGACAUACAACACAGAAGAAACUUACAGAGGCAUUCGUUGGGUCGUGUUCUACAGCUGUUUUAAAAUUUUGAUAGGCUUCAGAGAAGCUGUUUGUACACAUGGACUCCAGUCCCCUAAAACAUGAACAUGUUUGUUACAUAUAAACAAUAAUUUGUUGAAUAAAUCAAACAAUACUUUAUA